AUGCCGAGGAGGAGUCCGUCUGGGGAAGAACCUAUUCAAAAGCUUAAUGUUAUAGCGUGGAACGACAAAAGUGAAUUUUGUGCGGGACAUACGGCAACAAUUGUGACACUAUAUGUGGGGAUGGAUUCGACUUUCCAGGUUACUGAAAAGACUUGCGCAGGUGCGCGGGAUUGUUGUGAGGAAAGCCUUGGUAGUUCUUUGAAUCUCUUCGACCUUCCAGUAGAAUUAUUGGGUCUGAUAUUCGAAUUUUUACCUAUCUUUGACUUAUUGAGGACUCAAGCGGUAUGUCAGCGCUGGCGUUGGUUUGUACAGAAUAUCGGAUUAAAAUCUGUUCGAGUUUUUUCAUAUUCAAGUUUGCAAGGCACUACGGAUUCUGCUCCUGUAACAAAAAUAACUGAAGAUAGAUUGCAAAUUCUGCUACAAUAUUUUGGAAGCUCUCUGCGAGUUCUUGACAUGCACGAGCUAAGAUGGGGAUUCAGAGGGAAAUUAUGGUCCGUACAUCACACUGUUCUUUGUCCUCGUUUACGGGUGUUGAAUCUGAGUGGUAUUCAGAUAUCCAGUGAUGCGCUGGUGCAGCUUUCAGUCAAUUGUCCUGAGCUUGAGGACGUGAAUUUAAAUGCUUCCUUGAUGCCUUUUUCACAGAGACCUGGUUUCGAGGAUUCUCUACGUUUGUUUUUUGAAAACUGUCAUUUAUUGAAACGGAUGGAUCUUGGCAGCAAUUGGUUUCUAGAGGGGAACAGAUCAUUUCAAGCUCUUCCGCCACUUCUUCAAUACUUGAACAUUGAUUUCGUUCAAUUGACCGAGAAACCAUUGGAAUAUAUUAUUUCAAGGUGUCCUCGUCUAUCAACUUUUGUCGUCAACAAUUUUAUGGUGGAUUCAGUUGAACUGUUGGAAGAAUUUUUUCGCACUAUGAGGGACUUGAAAAGACUAGCUAUCGACUGCUUAGCAGACCCCCAGUUUCGCAUCGGUAAAGUGCGAAGCAGUCUCCUGGAAGGCAUAACUGAAUUGACAAUAUCUAACGCGCCGCUUUUUACUGAGCCAAUGCACUCACUCGGAACUCAUUUCACUAACCUAAAAUAUCUGGAUCUUCGCGAAAGGACUGAAGGCUUUCCUGGCAGCGGUCUCUCUGCCCUUGCAGAUCUCAAAUUAUUAACGUGUUUGAGCUUAACUGAUGUACGAUGGUUGCACGAUAGUGUUCUUGCUGAAAUUGCAAAGAAAGGACUCUUAAAAGAUCUCGUUUGCCUUGAUAUUUCCGGAUGUAUUUCACUGACGACCGAGAUAGUUGACGCUCUCAACGAUUACACUUUAGAGAGAGAGCGUAGAGAGAAAUUGAAUCCUUUUAUGCAUUCUAAUAUCGCGGAACUCGCAGAAGAUAUUUCUGUAGUUCGACUACCUCGUCGCCGACGGGAUGCAAUGAUAGAUUUACAGGGUGAGUGGCGAAUUGGAGAACGUGUUUCCCUUGAAACUGAUAGUGCUUGGAAGAAAUCUCCAUUUGAUGAAUUCCGAGACAAUUUAACUUUUGAAGCGGAGAAGUGGAAAAAAAGGGGCAGAAACAGUAAGGAACUGAGGACUGUGUUUACUGAGUUGCAUGUUUGGUUGGGUAAUUGCGACAUUGGUCCUCCAGUUGAUUCCGGACAUCCUUUAUUAAAAAUUUAUGACAAUCACCCUGUUAAUCGUCCGUACUUUCGCUUAGCAGUCAAAGAAAUACGGUGA